AUGUCCAAGAAGGCUCCUUUGUCGUCGGAAAUGGAUUUCAUUUCCAAAGAUGAUACAACACUGCUACAUGGCGUCCAAGUCCAGUCUACAGAGUUCAUUACCCAGGUCAUAACAUCUUCGGCUACUACUAACUCCUCGACUGGACUUUCAUCCACAUGCGACCUUGUACCUUCGGAGGGGAGCCAAAAGAAGAAGAAGAAGAAGAAAUCAAAGAAGCCAAAGACACAUGAAACUAGUGAUCUUCCGGUAAAAUUACGGGCAGCUCCUUCACCUGACUUCGAGCGCGCUUCUGUGCUCUGCAUCAGUAGAAACAAGCAUUGGAAAUAUAUCAGCUCUUACCACGCGUCCGAACUGAUCCUCCGCGUACUAUACCAGGGCCCGUGGCUGCAACUUCCGUUGGAGUUGCUGGAAUCGUUACUCGUCCUCAAUCUUGACCCUGCUACCUUGUCUUCGGCGGAAACGCAGCUACCUGCUCUUACUUAUUCGUCUCAAGCUUCACUUGGAGGCAUUCAGUCACGACCGACACCACGUCCCCGCGACCGCGACCGCAUACUGUAUUCACUCAAGGAUAAUACCCCUCCGGAAUCACCUGGUAACACUUUCACCACAUUGCCGAUGUCUUAUACUCCGACCUCACAGUCAGUUGCGUUUCCCUUGCCCGCUCCGGGUAAAGCUACUCCGCCGCCCAUUGACCCAGGCGUUUUCCGAAACGUUGCAACGAUUCGGAGGCUCAUCGAUGAGGCUUCUGAGCUUUCCGUACGCGCAUCUUCUGGUCUCUCAGCUGUUGCCCUUGGCUCUAUGCGCACACCAAGUAAUAGUGCCUGGGCUACGGCUCAAGGACUGGGCUUUGACGGCUCUAAUAACGUCGGCGGAGGCAGGAAUGUCGCUAUGAGCGCAAUGCGAGGAAGCGUAUUUGACGAUAUCGCUGAGAAAGUUCUCAAGCAUGAUCCCAACGACGCUGAUGCACGAUAUGUUCAUUUCUUCCAUGAAAAGAUUCCCUCUCGGCAACUUGCGGACUCCACAUCAACGCAAGUGCUUGAUGAGUUGAUUGCAGUCCAUCCUCAGCGACUGGAAUAUCAUCGGACGCGUGGAAUAGUUCACUGUUUCCGCGACGAGUAUUCCUUGGCGACAAAAGACUUUACUCAUGCCCUACGAGAGUCCCGCGCGGCGCGAAAAGCGCGUGCCGCACAUCAGGAUUUAAUAUCUUCCCGUGAGCUUAGGGGGAAAGCUGCUAAAAAGAAAAAGGGCUCCAAUAAAAUCUGGGGACAGGCGCCUCCUAGUGGUACUAGUGCCGCUGCGAAUGGGACCAAUGUCGAAGGAAUCAAUGGGGAACCGUUACUUUUACAUCCUUCGGUUUUGCCAGAUGCACCAGACCCUAUCGAACCGCAGUUAUUAUUUUUGCGGGGGGCGGCACAUUUGCAGCAUGCCGUGUACCUCAUCGAGUCCGCAGUAUUGCGGCUCGAGGGCGUCAGCAAGGUCAAUUCAUCCCUUGAUGGAGCUGAGAUGCGCCUUUGCUACCUCUCUAACGGUCGUUACGGGGGAGUCGAGAUGGGGAAUCCUAAUGGACCGCUGGGGCGCAGUGAUGGCCCCAAAGCCCAGGCGUACCGGCAAGUUCUGGCUGAUGACGGGUUUCGUGAAAACAUUCACUCGCUCCUGAGGAAGAGCUUGCGUGAUCAUGAACGCUUCCUCUCUCAUUUUGACACUCUAGAAGGUCCUGCGCCAAUGCAAGCAGAUCUGGCUAAAAGGGUGGAGGUUGCCUUCCUUUUAACUGAACUGGUCCGCCCAAAUAUUCAUACGUCAACUGCCACUGGCCUUGCACAUGUCGACUCUAUCCUCCCGCCCAUGUUCACCACCUACCAUCCCUUACUCGUGGAGUCCCAUUUCAGUAUCCUUAUUUGCCAACUUAUGCUCGCCGAGUUACCCACUCUCCUCACCACUUUCUCGCGGACUGCAGUCGUUGUAGACGGGCUGGAGGGAUACCCCGUGUUUCUACCUCCACGGUCGAUGGCUCAAGCCGAGUUCAUAGAGGUCCUCGAACGCCUUGCCAGUGGAUGGAUGCCGGGCAUACAACCUCAUUCAUAUGUACAAGGCAAGAAGGCGACAAACCGGCUUGUAAUUGAGCCUCCACCGCCCCCCUCACCGCCUACGUCUUCAACCGAUACCAUAUCCACUUCUUCUGCGGACGCAGAAUCUUACCCUGCUUUCGCAUCUGUUUCGAACACAUGCCAAAUUCCGUCGGGUUCCUCAUUACCCACCAACGGACGAAAUACCCCUUCUAGUGCAUUCAGUGGCAGUCAGGAGGAUCUUCUAGAGGCAUUAGAUUGUGCCAGAAUUUUACUCGUCCCUGUAGCUGCAAGGCAAAAGGAACGUGCUGAGAAGGCAGCAGCGGAGAAAGUCAAAGCUGGGAACAAAAAGAAGCCGUUAAAUUUCAACAUACCGUUACACGGCCCACGAGUGGAAAUCAUCCUUGCGUGGUUUGCAGCCGUUCAUCUUGUUGAGUUGGAGAGCGUUGCCUAA